CGGCCCGGGCGGCUGAGGGACGUGCUGGUUGCUCGCCGCGAUGGUGUCCUGGAUGAUCUCCCGGGCGGUCGUGCUGGUGUUUGGGAUGCUGUAUCCUGCAUAUUACUCAUACAAAGCUGUGAAGACAAAAAAUGUGAAGGAAUAUGUUCGCUGGAUGAUGUAUUGGAUUGUGUUUGCUCUGUACACAGUCACUGAAACAAUAACAGACCUAACAGUCUCUUGGUUUCCACUGUACUAUGAACUGAAGAUAGCUUUUGUUAUCUGGCUCCUUUCCCCAUAUACCAGAGGGGCAAGUUUAAUCUACAGAAAAUUUCUCCACCCGCUGCUUUCUUCUAAAGAAAGGGAGAUUGAUGAGUACAUCGUGCAAGCCAAAGAAAGAGGCUAUGAGACCAUGGUGAAUUUUGGAAGGCAAGGGUUGAAUUUGGCAGCAACUGCUGCAGUGACAGCAGCUGUAAAGAGCCAAGGUGCAAUAACUGAGAAGCUGAGGAGUUUCAGUAUGCACGACCUGACCACUAUACAAGGAGAUGAACCCAUGGGGCAGCCCUAUCAGACCUUACCAGAAGCAAAAAAGAAAACCAGAGCCUCUACAAGUGAAUCUUCAGAAAAAAAUUUUUUAAAAGGUUACAAAACACCACUGGAAAAAAAUGCUGGAGAUGAUAAAACAGAUGAGGAGAUGGAGGGGACACAUUCAGAGGAUGAAAUGUUUGCUCAGAGAGGCCUUCGAAGAACUCAGAGCAUGAAAUCUGUGAAAACUAAAGGCCGUAAAGAGAUACGAUAUGGAUCCCUGAAAUACAGAGUAAAGAAGAGACCUGUUGUCUACUUCUGAGUGCAUUGCACGAUGCCUGCAAGACAAACUGCUGUACUCUGAUAACUUGAAUUUCAGUGUGUCAAGUGUUACAGACCUGUGUAUGGUUCACAUAUGAGUGUGUUUGGAUAGAUACAGUAGGACUUGGUUUUGUGAGCCCAGGUGAUGGGAUAAAGUAUUACUCUGCUCUUCUGUGAUUGCUUAUUGUUUAGAUUUAAAUCUGGACAAGUUAUGGUAUGAAUUUCAGCACUCCUCAAAGUGGGGUUAAAUGAGUACAGGAAAAAGCCUUUUGCCAGAGGUACUGAACAGACAGAAAUAAUUACAACUCCAGUUGAAUCGGUGGAAGUUGUGAGUAUUUGGAGCGUGUGAAAAUGGAAGCCAUAGUGUCCCCGAGUUUACAAGGAAAGAUAGAUAUACUUGAAAUACUUUUCUGAGCUACAAUUCCUGAAAAGGCCUUUGUGUAAUUUUUAAAUGUACAGUUUCGAGGACAGUGGAUGAUGGUGGGAAAGGAAAAGGAAAGGUGAGGUUAGAUAGGAUACAUCCUAAACAUCAUCAUCUUGCAUCAUGUUGCCAAGCUUAAUAAAUUUAUAUAAUUCUAAUAGGUGCAAACUGGGGGUACAUUUAGCACUUUAUGCAAAACUGUGUAGUUUUGCACACUUAAUAAUUUACAACUGCACAUGUAAUUUUAGUGACUUGAUAGGUUGAAUGCCAGCAAUUCUUGUAUUUUUAAAAUUUAUUGCUUAAGUACAGUUAGGAUGCUAUAGAUAAUUGCUACUAACAAUAUUAUCAGGUGCCUUUCUGUGUAUUAUAAGACCGUGUGGGUUUUGUCUGUGUGGGGCUUUUUUGGCUUUUUUUUCUUUUUUUUCUUUUU